GUCGCGAUAUUACCGCCCGAUUAUAUACACGCGUCGCGUGUUCCGCAGAUACUUCGUAUUCAAUCUCGAUAAUAAAUUGUUAAUACAUUCAUAAAUACUUAUUAUCAGAUAUUGCAUCUAUUAUAAUAAAAUUAUACACCGUGCAGUGCUAAGUGUGUGCCAGAAUCGUAUUCAUUUACGAUAGAUAUAAAAACAUUAUCGCCAAAUUCAAAUUGUUGGUGAUAAAAUAUUUUGUUGAAAUUUAGUUUUGCAUGUGUAAUAGGUAUUUGUUGAUGUACAUUAUCUUUAGUGAAUAGCAUUAACUAGUGUAUCUACUGAAUAUUUAUUUUAGAGCUCACGGCGGUCGAUAAACUGCGAUUGUAACAGCACGUGUAACUUUCAGCUGUAGGAAAAAUAAUUAGGUUUUAUCACCAAAUACAUUAGAACAACUGAGUGAAGCGGAUCCACGACUAAAGCAGAGGAAUGAGCUGAAUACAUAACAUCGUCUUGAUGAUGACGAUGACAUACCGACGGGAAAACAAACUAUGAGGAGUAAGAGAUACAAAAGAUGGAUCCACUGGAACUUGUGCCUUUAGAAUCGGGCACCCCCCGGCCCCGACCGUCCCGCCAGCUGAGCCAGCUGCCGGCGCGCGCGUGCUGCAAGGGCCCGCUGCGCCUGUGCCGUCUGCUGCUGCUCAUGAUCGUGCUGCCCAGUCUCUUCAUAUUUGUGCCCCUCUACAUGAGGUACCGCGUGUUCUCCGGACAAAUGUACCCCAUGAGUAUGACGGACAUGCGGCUGAUAGACAGCAAGAUAUCCCCCACGUGGUGUCAGACGCAAGUGGUCAAAUCGAACGCAACGUUCAACGCGUUCGUGGUGCCAGGACCCCCAGAGCUAACCGAUGAACUGGUGCCUGUCUCUAUGACCAGGGAACUUGAGCUCGAAGACGACAUGAAGGAGUACUGGGGGUUCUACCUGCUGCAGGGCUCUACUGUGACUGUGUCAGCAUGUGUCAGCUGGCCUGGGGCAUCCUUAAUCAUGAUCAAAGGAUAUAAGCACCUCCAAGAGUGCGCGUACAUCGGAGACGACUCCUCUGAAGAGCUAGACGAACUGAUGGAGACGUACAAACGCGGGUUGAUGAACAACACCACGUUACUGGACAAAAUCAAUAAACUAAAUAAAGAAGAUGGGAAGGCUAACGACCCUGGUACAAUGAAGAGACAUAAGCCAGGUGUAUCCUUCCACGACCCAAACCAAACAGCGAAUGUGACGUCCUCCGACAAUGUACCGACCAAUGAUGUAACCGAUCAUGACCCAAAGGAACUUCGGCAAAUUUUGGAAAGGUUGCACGCUCUAAAACAAGCAGCUAAGACUGAAUCUGCAAAAUCGUACCACCCACCGUCGCACCUGAUGUCUCUGCCGACGCUUCACAGACAUCGAGACACUAACGUAGACAGAGAUGAAAGAAGAUGGCUGACAUUCAAGGAUAUAGACUCAGUUAACAACGAGAAAGAUGCAAGCAGAACUAAUAAAACAGAGGAAGAAAAUGCAGCACCAGCAAAUGUUGUAUCCGUUAAUAUAACAAAUAACGAAACAAACACGAAUAAUCUUAAGGACCCAGAUCACGAUGGUGAAGAUAAUGUAAUCACUUCUAAACCCAAUCAUAAAACACACGAUAAUAUGAUAAUGGAAAAUGGGAUUAAGAACAAUGUUGACGCAAAUCUUAACACGACGGAUAAGGAUCAGAACCGCAAGGAAGAAAUAGAUUCCAAAGAAGUCUUCAAUGACGUGUUGAAACAAUUGCAAGGUUUGGGAGAUAGAGGUAAACGCGUGCUGGCACGGCUUCACGAGACUAUGGAAUUGACUUAUCAUGAUAAGUCCAUAGAUGAAACAACAAAGAGUGAAGAAAACUUGGAUCAUUUGCGAAAUGUACUUGUGGAAGCCAUAGAUGAAGAAAAGACUAGAACACAGAGACAGGAAAAACGUCGUCAGGCCAGGGAAGACGCACGACUCAAGCGGGAGCUGCUUCUGGGGCAAAUUGAACUUCAAAAACAAUUUAAUGAGGAUGAUGAAGCCAGGGACUUAGCUGCUGAAGAGGGUCUGGAACCAGACGGAUUUGCGGAGCAUCAUAACCAGAUCAACGAAACAACAGCAUUUGACAUGUCCAACUCGGAGUUCUGGUCGUCGUUCUCAAGUAGCGAGGAAGCAUUGCUCGAGUGUGCCGGUCUCAUACUCAACCUUCCCCUCACUCCUCACUCCUCGUGCCGACCUGACGCGACUGAAUCCCAGAGCCAUACAGCAGCAAGAGCUAACGCUUUGACUUAUAGAGUGCCAGCUAACGGUUACUACUUCUUCGUGUUCAACUCCGAAAACGAAGUGCAGAAGAACUUCAUCAGGGCUCGCUUCGACCUGCAGAAGACGAAGUACGACGUCGCUCGCACCACCCUCAGGGAGUGCAGGAAUAGCACCGAACGGUGUGACCUGCCACUGGAUAUCUUCUCAAGCCAAAAAGUUGUUUUAGAGCUUCCAUUGAGAAACAACGAUUCUCUCUGGAACGAGCAGUUCGUCAUAAUAUCGGAGUGUGAGCCUCGGACGUCGGUGUAUCUGGCUUGUGUGAUUGCUGUGCCGAUUUUGAUACUUUUGUUUGCUUUUCAAUAACAUUGAAGAACCGAAUAUAUAUUUAGGUAUUACUCAAGUAUUUGAAUGUGCCAAAGUGGGAGAGGUAGGUUAACCUAAAGAGGUUUCACUGCAUGGGUGCGAUUCCGCUAUUUUACACUCGUCGAUGAACUGUUUGCCUGUAACACGUCGUCGAAUUUCAACUGUAUGUAUUUAAAAUACCAGCUUAAAAAGUCACUAUCGAACGAUGUCACUUUAAAGAAUGUGUAAAGUGACAUCGUUCGAUAGUGUAUCUGUAUUCUUUUGAGAGUUUUGUUUCUUAUCGAAAAUAUAUUGAGAUUUUAUUUUUAUAACAUAGACAGUAGCUAAGUACCUACCUAAGUAUUUUAGAACUGAUUAUGUUCGAAUAGCGACAAACACGAGGGUCCAAGUUUCUAUAUAAGAUUUUAGAUAAUAGUUAAAUCAAUACAAAGGAAUUUUUAUAUUGACGCCCGCGUGGAGCUAUGGGUAGAGGUAGUGAGAGAGGUAGUUCAACCCUUUAGGGGUAGAAUUUUGAAAAAUCUUGUUUUAUACUAUUAUAUUAUUCUGGUUGUUCACAUACCAAUUUUUUAAAAAAUUAUGGACUUUCCAUACAAACUUUCAACCAUAGAAUUGGACCUGCUACAGUUUUAGUAUAAGUUCUAUAGAUUGAACGAGUGCGUAGUGCCUUAUGAUGAUGCUGUUAAUUACUUAUUGUAGUUAGGUACUAAAAGAGCAAUAAUUCCUUAUUAUUGUAUUUUCCAGAUAAUUUAAAAUAUCAAGAAAGACGACAGCAGAUAAUAAUUUGAAUAGGUACCUAAUUAUUAAGAGUUAUUGCUAUAAACUUCUUAGAAAUGUCCUUGCGUUAAUUAAGAGAUGUAGAUGGCUCAUUUCUGUAAUGUGAUGUACCUACUCGUAUACAUAUAGAUAGAUAAAUAGGCUCAGAAAUUUCAAUUUUAUAUUAACAGAGGUAAUAAGUUAAGUAAAUGGUUCCAAAUCCGAGAAUGGUUAAGUUUCUACCUACUAAUGUUACCUACAUUCCUUAGGCACAUAGACAAUUUCGAAUAUAGUUCUAUUUUAGAUCGAUUAAACUUAAACUGAAAAAACUAUAAACUGUUUUAGAGCAACUUACGGUACUCAGGAAGACCAUUAGGUACCUAUAAAUGUUUUGUUUUAAAUUAAUCUUUCUUUGUUUAUAAAAUAUUUAGAGGAGGCUAUCUAUAUAUAUAACACGGUGUAUAUAUAGAUAUAGAGUAACAAUAUAAACACCGAACUACAACAAUUUAUAUCUAAAGGUGAUAUUAUUAUAAUGUAUUAGUAGAUAAGAGGUCCGUAUCUUUUCCUCAAAAGGUUUUAAAUACAAAUUCGUAUAGGUACAAAUCGACAUGAGACCGUAGUUAUAGUGAGCGACACUUUCACCGUAAAUGACAAUUUUAGUACAACUUUGCUUAAGAUAACGAUUUGGGGGGAGGAAUGGUAAAUUGGAUCGAUACCAACUGCUUAGUCUAUCGUUAGUAAAACUAUUUUUAUAAUCUUAGUGUAACAGGUUGUAACAUCUUUAUUGUAAGUAUAAAUGCCUUGAAACAUUGUUGUAACAAGAUGAUCAAAUUCUUGAUUCUAUGUAAAGUUUCAAGUACCAAAAGUAGAAAUUAGUAAAAUUUUGUUUUUGUCGGUUACGGUAAUCCAGCGGUUAGUGUCUAUUUCUUAUGCAUUCUAUGAUUAUAUCUAACGUAUAUAAUUAAAAUAGAAUUUACAGAAGAUGAUGUACCUACCUAAUGAAAUUGGAGAAUAAAAACGUUAAUGAUAAAAAAAAUAUUUGAAUUGAUAAUAGUUUCAAUAGAAAAUUUAACACAUUCAUAUCCGCUGCGCCUAGUGGAUUUUUAUAAAAUCUUUAGAGGAAAAAGGUUCAUUAGGUACAUGGUUAUACAAUUCUCGAUUCACAAUCAAAUAAAAAUAGGUAUUUUAUAAGUUUAUGUUAGCACGCAUUAAAUGAUAUCUACUUG